AUGGAAACCUCGGACAGAACUGGGGGCGCCUUCCUGAAAGAUAUUGUAGCCUAUGUUGAAGUAUGGUCUUCCAACGGGACAGAGAAUUACUCAAAGACAUUUACAAAACAACUUGAGGAUAUGGGGGCAACGGUUUCAAAAACUUUGAACAAGCAAGUGACCCAUGUGAUCUUCAAAGAUGGGUAUCAAAGCACCUGGGACAAAGCCAAGAAGACAGGAGCAAAGUUGGUUUCCGUCCUCUGGGUUGAAAAAUGCAGGAUGGCUGGAGCACAUGUUGAUGAAUCUUUAUUCCCUGCAGCGAAUACUAAUGAGCAGUUACCAAACCUAAUUAAAAGAAAACACAAGUGUAUGCAGCCCAAAGAUUUUAUUCCUAAAACACCAGAAAAUGACAAAAGACUUCAAAAGAAGUUUGAGAAAAUGGCUGAAGAGCUACAAAGGCAGAAGACAACCUUAGAUGAUGGUGUUCCUGUCAUGCUGUUUGAGUCUCCUCGAUCAUCGGUGUACAAUUCCACCACUCCCAAUAGGAGCCACAAAAGCAUCAUGGAGAAGAGACUGCAAGAGAUGAGGGAGAAAAGGGAAAACCUUUCUCCUACCUCUUCCCAGAUGUUUGAACAGUCUCAACAGAACCCAAAUACCACUCUGUGUGAAGCAUCUUUGAACAUUGCUCGUGAAUCUUUAAGUUCAGAUGAAUCCUUUGCCAGUUGUUCACACUCAUCUAUUUAUGGUCUCUGUGGAAAUCAGGAAAGGGAACUGGGAAGAAGAUCUGUUAAUGAGAUGGCCGGGAUGGCAUGCCUUUCCUCACCAGUGUUGAAGACAAGCAGUUCUUACAGCUCAUUGUUCCCCAACUGCCUCAGACAGCCAAGUCCUCAGAAAGCUAAGGAUCAUCCUCCAAAGGAGGGUACCAGCUGGCAGAAAGAUGCUGCAGGUGAGAGAGCUGAGCGGGAGAGAGAGCAAGCUGCAGGUGUGUCUCGGGAGAUGCCUGAUGAGAAGCUCUGUCUGUCCCCUGCCACCGCAAGGGACAUAGAUGCCACAGAGGAACCCAAGAGUUGCUCAGCUAAGAGAAAAAGGCCAGUGGACUUGGGUUCACCCCCAAAAAGCAAACUCAAGAAGAAGAGGUACGAUAGGAAAUCUGCCCUGCCAAUACAGCUAUUCAAGUCUGACCAUAGCCUGCAAUUCAAGACCAGCCCCAUCCUGGGGACUCCUGAUGUUGGGGCUUCCUCUUAUGAGGACUACUUUUCCCCUGAUAAUCUCAAGGAAAGGAAUUCAGAGGCUCUUCCUUCUGAGGCUCAGACAUUAUCAAGCCCUUCCCUGUUCCACAGCAGAAGUCUCUCAAAGUGGGAGCGAAGCAGCAUACUGGAAAUGUAUGAUUUUACAUGCAUUGGUGACAAACCCAGGUCCAUCAGCAUUCCUGACCCAGUUUUAAAAAGUACUUCUUGUCUUGAGAAACCCAGCAAGGAGGAAGUAAAUACAGUUUCUAGGUGCAAUGUUGUGGAAACAUCUGCUAAAGAAACCCCAGAACAUUGCAGGCAGUCUGAACCUCAGCAGAGGGAGGACACAGCCCCGCAGGGAAGCACCCCUUCUGAUAUCCACAACAGCCCUGCUCAUGGCAGCAUACCCUCAAAAGGAGGUAGUAAGGAAGAAAGAGAACCAGUUGAUGUAAAAGGCUUCCCAAAAGACAGUACCAGUCCUCCAGCAUUGGCCUCUUCUGAAGGAGAAGCACACAGCUUCAGUUUUAGAGGCGAUUGUAAUGUAGAAAAAUCUGUGGAAGAAAAGGAGAACAAGUCUACAGGAUACAGUGAAAGUGUUAAAAAUGGACCUGUGAAACCUGAGACUUCAGAAAGCUCAUGUACAGGUCUUGUCAGACCUCAAGAGAAACCAAAGAAAUGUGGGAAAGGACAAAAGGCAAUGAGAACAUUAGUCAUGACAAGCAUGCCAUCUGAGAAGCAGAGCCUCAUCAUCCAGGUGGUGAACACACUGAAAGGCUUUUCAUUCACACCUGAGGUCUGUGAGUCCACCACCCAUGUGCUGGUAGGAAAGUCCGUCCGUACCCUCAACGUGCUGAUGGGGAUCGCAAGAGGAUGCUGGAUUCUCUCUUACGAAUGGGUGCUGUGGUCUUUAGAAUUGGGUCACUGGAUUUCUGAGGAGCCUUUUGAACUCUCGGAGUCCUUCCCCGCUGCUCCGGUAAGUCAGCACUGCCUGGCGGUGGUAAAUGCAAUGUGGGGCUCUGGGAAAACUGCUGCAAGCAUGAACUUCAUGUCUUCGGUUAAGUCUAUCCAAGUGGCCCUGUGCCGGGGCCCCAGCAGGAAGCUGAACUAUGCCCUCUAA